AAUAUUUCUGAAUCCUUUAACGUUGGUGGAUAUCAACUUCCAUUUCCCAGGAUUGUCCCAAUGGUUAAAGGAUGAUCAAGAAACACUUGAGGGAAUUAUCUCUGUCAUUUGGGAAUCAAACUUGUCCCGAAAAUUCUCAAGAGCUCAGAAGAACCAAAACAGAUAUUGAAAACAACUUCUCGACAGUCCUACAGCUAAUUAAGAGUGAAGGUGAAAGGCAAAAAGAAGACAACUCGAGGAAUGAGACAGAACUUGAGGGACUAGUCGAGGACAUCUACAAUCAGUAUCAGUCACUGGACGUACCGUACGAUCGUCUUACCAGAGUAUAUAUGAAAGGAGCUCAUCGUAGAAUAAAGAGGGCUUCUUCCCUCUCUUGCUGUAGCUUAGACUCUGACUACUUAUCUUCAGAUGGCACAGAAUUUCCAGAUUUCAGCUCAAGAUUAUCACAAAGGGAACGUUAUUCCCCAUUAGUCAACACUUUUGAAGCUCUCGAGACUCAAAAAUCAACAGAAACAAAUGAAUUAGAAGCAAAUGAAGUGAGACAGAUACGCGCAAAGAAUGCUGAGCUUGAAAAAGUACUGUCUGAGUUACAUGAGAAACUCAAGAACAAUGAGGAACGUGCAAUGUCCAAAACUUCAGAUGCACUAAAUGAAGAAAAAGUAACACGUUAUAGAAAUGAAGCAUCGAAGCAAAAGAAGGAAUUUACUGAUAAAGUUAAUGUUAUGCAGCAAAAUCUUGAGUCUGUAUGCAACAAGAAUACCGAUUUAGAAUCUCAACUAGAAAAUCAGAGGGAAAAAGUUUCACAAUAUUUGAUUCAAAUAAAAAACAUGGAGGAGAAUUUGACUGAAACUGUUUCAACUAAACAGAAUCUGCUAAAAGAGAAAGAAUGUUUCAUUGAAAGGAUAAAGGAAUUGGAAUCUCAAUGCAGCAAAGAAAAGGAUUUGGAGGAACAGUUAAGAGACCUUGAGUCGUUACGCAACAAGAAUACCGAUUUAGAAUCUCAACUAGAAAGUCAGAGGGAAAAAGUUUCACAAUAUUCGAUUCAGAUAAAAAACUUGGAGGAGAAUUUGGCUGAAACUGUUUCAACUAAACAAAAUCUGCUAAAAGAGAAGCAAUGUUUCAUUGAAAGGAUAAAGGAAUUGGAAUCUCAAUGCAGCAAAGAAAAGGAUUUGGAAGAACAGUUAAGAGACCUUGAAUCUGCAUGCAACAAGAAUACCGAUUUAGAAUAUCAACUAGAAAAUCAGAGGGAAAAAGUUUCACAAAGUUUGAUUCGGAUAAAAAACUUAGAGGAGAAUUUGGCUGAAACUGUUUCAACUAAACAAAAUCUGUUAAAAGAGAACCAAUGUUUCAUUGAAAGGAUAAAGGAAUUGGAAUCUCAAUGCAGCAAAGAAAAGGAUUUGGAAGAACAGUUAAGAGAUGCAAUGUGGGAGAUAAAUGCUUUGCAAAAAAAGAAAAGCGAGUUGAAGUUACAAAAUGAGCAAAGUCAAAAGGAAGAUUCAGAAACGAUAAAGAAGCUAACAGAAACCAUUGAUCUAACACACGAAGAGAAUAAACAUUCCAAAAUGAAUAAACAAAUGAUGGAAAGAAAAAUGGAAAGAAAAAUGGGAGAAUUGGCAGAAGGAAUUCGACAAAAAUUGGAAGACAAUAUACGCUUAUUGCAUCGGAGGGUCCAUGUUGCAGAACUGCUGAAUAACGAAAACAAAGACACUUACAAAUCGACAAAGCAAAAGUACGAGGAAGAGAGCAAAAUGUUUGAGGAAAAAAUCGCUGAUUAUGAAGAUGAAAUUAGGAUGCUGAGAGAAAAGGUGUUGAAAUUAGAAGCUGAUAUGAGCAUGGAAGGAGAAAAAAUGAAUUUGAUGAAAACCGUGACUCAACUUGAAAGUAAAAUGAUGAAAUUGGAAAAGAAACUGAAAGAGAAAGAUGAUGAAUUGGUUAGCCUUGGGGAGAAUAAGAAGGAAGCAAUAAGACAGCUUUGUUUUUUGACCGAGUUUCACCGUGAUCGUUGUCUCUAUAUGAAGGAUUUGAUGUUAGAUAUGAGGAUAAAGAAAAUGAAGUGAGUUUGUUGAACUUAAAAUGUAAACUUUCUCACGUUAUAUGUAUUUGUAUGCCAAUGAAACACAAAAAUAAUCACUAAUAACAUCACCAUAUUUGAGUAAAA